GUGAUCAUCCUUUUUUAAUGGCAGCGAACUCUGAAGCUCGCGAGACUGCAAUGCCGAACCGUAUAUCCAACCACAAGCAUCAUCUCCGAUCACCACCACCACCACAACAACCAUCAUCUGGAGAAGAGUGAGCACCGUUGGAAAGGCGAUUUUGAUGCAAUUUCGAUGAAAAGAACGACAAUUGAUCGAUCAUUGCAUGGUUCAUCAUCGAUUCUUUGCGGCUUAAGCAACAAAUCUUAAUGAGAAAGAUUGAUUUAUGGGUUGUUAUUAAUGAAGAUAACAAGAGGUCACUUUGUGAAAAGCCCAGUUGCAUUUGUUUGUAUAGUUGCUUCUGUUUGUUGCCUCCUGGUUGUGAUAAUUUCAGUACUUAAGCUUCCAGAUAUAUCAGUGGCAGAUAGUACAUUAACUUCUUUUCGGCAUAAGAAAAUAAAACGGGCUUUGGGUUAUGAAAAGGCAGGUCAAUUUGGUAAGAUGAUUAUUGAAAUGCUGCCUGAAGAUCUUGCAUUUACAGUCUUUGUUCCUUCAGAGAGAGCUUUUGAGCGUGACUUGAGGCUACGUUUGAAUGAUAGUUUAACGGGUGAGAAGUUCAAUGACACACAUGCAAUACUUACUCGCAUAUUGGGUUUUUCAGCUGUGCCUAGGAUGAUCUCUUCAGUUUCGGUACCAUUUGGUGAGGAGAUUAGUUAUGAUUCAUUAUCUGGAUUCAGUUUAUACAUAUCGAAGGACUUGGAUGGAAUGUUGAUAGUUAACAGAGUUAGGACCCAGCAUGUAGAUCUCAGGAAGGGGAUGAUCGUUGUACAUAUCAUGGAUGGGGUAAUCAUGGAUGCGGAGUUUGAACAAUCAGUUCAGCCUGACUACACUGAAAACGAUUGAAUGAAAAUGACAUGUCAAGCCCUGCUAACUUCAGACUUCAUUUAGAACUGCAGUUAAAAGUUUUUGUUUCAUGUGUUGUGUAUUUUAGCUUUCCUGUCUCUAGAGCAGUGAUGUGGUAUCACAAAUAUUUUGGUUUUGAACCAACAGGCUUUGACAACCUCAAUUAAUUCAAGGGAUGAGGUUGUGAAUGAGUCCAAAAUCAUCGUAAUGUAGUUCAUAUUUGUUCAAGGAAAUAACAAUACAACAAUACCAGUGAAAAAGUAAUAAAACAAUUUGAUAUUUCUUGUGCUGAAA